UACCUGGCGACCUCUAGCGCUAAAAUCAAAGCUGUCAAUUUGUGUCAUAAGGAAAGUGGGCCUUCGUUUGUGAUUUAAAUAAAAUGAGUUCGGAAGAUAGUGCCGGGUUAGCAGUAUCGAGAAGUUGUGUAGUAUGCGGAAAAACGGAAAAUUUAUUGCGUUGCGCCCGUUGUAAAUUGAUUUGUUAUUGUUGUAAGGAUCAUCAAUUACAAGAUUGGAAAAAACACAAGCAGUUUUGUAAAAAAACGAAUAAUUCUGGUAUAGUCGUAGAAGGCAAAUACGGACAUUUCGUAAACAAUCCGGAUUUGGGAGUUACUUUACCUACAGAAGGAAGUUCCGAAAAUGAAAUUUUGAGUUCCUUGGGUGAAGAAUUGGCACCUAAUAAUAAUUUUCAACAACUAUCUUCUACGGAAAAAUCGUUGAAAUUCGUUAAUAUAACCAUGCCUAUUAGUGGAUCGAGUGUUGUAAAGACUAAGCAAAAAACUCUUAAAGAUUUCCCUGCUAUUUCAUUAGAACAACCCAGAAACCUUGACGACGAUCGUUUUAUUGAAGAAAUGUGUUACACUGUAAUACAAGAUAUGACUGACUAUGGACUAUGUGUUAUGGAUAAUUUCCUUGGUGUAGAAAGGGGAAAACAAGUUUUAAGGGAAGUACUAACUAUGGAAAAUCAAGGUGUGUUUAAAGAUGGACAAUUAGUGUCUAAAGGACCAACAGAGGAUAGAAUUGAUAGAACAAUAAGAAGUGAUCAGAUAUGUUGGGUUCACGGUAAAGAACCAAAUUGCCCAAAUAUAGGAUAUCUUAUUAGCAAAGUGGAUACUUUAAUUACGAGGGCCAAUAAAAUGGAAAAUAAUGGAAAACUGGGAAGAUAUAGUAUUAAUGGAAGAACCAAAGCGAUGGUCGCUUGUUACCCAGGUUACGGAUCUCAUUACGUUAAACACGUAGAUAAUCCUAAUAGAGAUGGUAGAUGUAUAACGGCUAUUUACUAUCUCAAUUUGAACUGGGUGCCGAGAAACGGUGGACUGUUAAGAAUAUUCCCCGAAGGUUGGAGGGAAGAUAAGGUGGCAGAUAUAGAACCACUUUUUGAUAGACUGUUAUUUUUCUGGUCAGACAGGAGGAAUCCUCAUGAAGUUCAACCGGCGUACAAUACCCGAUACGCCAUAACGUUAUGGUAUUUUGAUGCCGAUGAAAGAAAAGAAGCCCUUAGGAGAUACGAAAAAGAAAGUAAGAAUAUAGUUACUAGGAUUUUUCAACUUUUGUAACGUUUUUAGUAUUUUCGAUGAUAAUUAUCGACCGUAAUUAUUUUGUUGCAGGAAAAUCUUUGACGUCAAAAUGACGAGCUCCCUUCGUUUAUGAAAAAUUGAAUUUAUACAAAAGGUAGUUUGCAAUUACGUCCUAUUGUACAUAUUGUGAAUUUUUUUUUUUAAGAAUAUUGUUACUUAUAAGAUGAAAGUGUGAUAUUUAAAAUAAUUGAAAACUUAGUCAUUUGCUACAUUAAAUCCGACGUAACCUGUACGUGUUGUCGUAUUAUGCCUAAGGGGUGGAAUCUAAUUUAUUGAUUAUUUUAAAUGUAAUAGUUAGAGGACGAAGUGCUAAGUUAGAGCAACAGCUCAAUCUUAUCAGUAGAAAUCCUAUUUUGUAUCUUUUACAAAUAAAUAUUUAUAAUAACAUUUGGUACAAAUUAUUGUACAACAAAUUUGAAAUAAUAAAAUAAAUUUAUUAAUAACUUCAUGUUAACAAGUAUUUAUAAUCUCUUUAAUUUAAGUAUUGAAAUAAAUUUUUUUUUAUGUGAGGUAUAUCAAGAAAUAACGACACAUUGUUUGUCUUCUAGUUCCCAUAAAUAUUCAUUAUUUAGAUACAUAUAGUUAUUUAUUUACUCUCUUUUCUUCAUUCCGUGUCAUUAUUCUCCACUUAAAUGUUGUAUUUCUAUCGCGUUUCUUUCAUUAUUAAUUUUCCUCCAUUACUGUCCGAUAUUUUUCCCAAAAUAUUUCCAAGUAUACACCAUUUCAAAAUUACUGCCUUUUAUUAUUUCUAUGUGGAAUUACUCAACCGAACAAUAACAAACAUUUUUGUUUAUUUAAUUUUUAAAUACAAUUUUAUUAAUUAACGAGAAUUUUCGUUAUUAUUUGAUAUAUUAUUGGAUUACUUUUUAUUUAUUAUUUUUUUUGGCAUAUUUUGUAUAUUGACUCAAUACACAAGUGUACAAAUUUCGUUCAACUAUUGCAUUUGUUAUUUUUUAUAAUUUAUGCCCCGCGUUCGUUAAAAUUUACGUGAAUGUCGUCGAUAACAGUGUUAAUUUGAAUUUUAUCUAAAGACGUAAUUAGAAAUUGGCAGGUAAAUCUGUCACAUACAGUGUGUAUAGCUAAACGGUUCCGGUUACUGUACAUAUUUAUGAAACAAGUCGAAUUAUAUAUUGACAUUCCGCAACGUAAAAAUGCUAUUUAUACCUUUAAUUUACAAAAAAGUAUGAGUUUUAAAAAAUGUAUCAGCAUUCUAUGUUCAAAAACUUAAAUAUUAGUUCAAGUUUUUUGAAAGGAUGGGGGUAAUCGCGCUGGCCUCGAUUAAGGAUUAUUGCAUAAGUUAGAAUGACUCCCUUUUGAAGUAGUUCAAAAUUAUUAUCGUCAAUUUAUUUAUACACUUAACUAUUCACUAAAACUUACUAAACUAUACACUGUUCGGUUUACUUUUUACUACAUCGAUGUGUUUGCUAAAUCAAAUUGUUAACUGUUAACGAUAACAUCUUUUCAUUUAAAAUGGAGAAACCUUUUAAACGAUACAUUACAUGCAUUUACUUAGCAUUUAAAAAAUUGAGGGUAGUACCAGUCAUUCGAAGGUAGGGAUGGAAUUGUUACGUUGAAGAAUGAUAAUUUAAAUUUGACGUUUUUCAAUUAUUUUUUUCAUGAAUAUGUUGAAACAGUUACUAAUUUAUUCAAUACGGAUUGUACACACCAUAUUUAUAUUACAGUAAAUUGUAAUUGAAAUUUUUUGAACAUUUUUUUGUUCGAUUUAAUGCCGAAAAUAAACUUGAAAACGAUUUUUUAUGUAUAAUAUUUGGGUAUUGUUAUGUACUGAUGGUUUAAAAAUUUUGAAAUGCAUAUAAUUCAAUCUAUUAAACAUUUUAAUAUU